AGGAGGCGGGAGCGCGCGGUGGGUAGAAGCACAGAGCAAAGCCGCCGGCUGGGGGCUGGAGAGACAGGUCUGUGCGCUGCAAGCAUUCAGCAGGCGGAGUUUCGUGCGCUGAGACCCAGCUGGGUAAGGCCGGUGGCCUCGAGUGUCAAGAGAGAGACAGAACAUAUGAACAUGAAUCAUUGAGCCAUUAUUUUCAUUUCUGGAAGACAGAACCUCUUGAAAGUCUCAAAGUGUCCACUAAACUCCUAAAUUGGACAAUAUCCAUUUACACAAUUGAAUAAGGUGGACAUAGGAACUUAUAUUUCUCAUCUUGGUCCUUAAGCUCUCCAUGAUCUGGUCCAACUUUAAAGGAGCCUGUUAAGAAUCAGCUCUUAGUGAAAAAGCAUUGAGAGAGGAGCCAAGACUCAACUCUACACUAAUUUGACGUUGUGCAAUCAUCUGAUUUCUCUGGAUCUCAGUUGCCUCAUCUGUAAAAAGGAAAUAAAAAUUCUUUACCCGUUUAAAGAUGAAGUGGAGGACCAUACUGCUACAAUAUUGUUUUCUCUUCAUUACAUGUGUACUUACUGCUCUUGAAGCUGUGCCUAUAGACAUAGACAAGACAAAAGUGAAAAAUACUCAGCCUGUGGACAGUGCAAAGAUAGAACCACCAGAUACUGGACUUUAUUAUGAUGAAUACCUCAAGCAAGUGAUCGAUGUGCUGGAAACAGAUAGUCAUUUCAGAGAAAAGCUCCAGAAAGCAGACAUAGAGGAUAUAAAGAGUGGGAGGCUAAGCAAAGAGCUGGAUUUAGUGAGUCACCAUGUGAGGACAAAACUUGAUGAACUGAAAAGGCAAGAAGUGGCAAGGUUGAGAAUGCUGAUUAAAGCGAAAUUGGAUUCCCUUCAAGAUACAGGCAUAGACCACCAUGCUCUUCUAAAACAAUUUGAUCACCUAAAUCACCUGAAUCCUGACAAGUUUGAAUCUACAGAUUUAGAUAUGUUAAUCAAAGCGGCUACAAGUGAUCUGGAACACUAUGAUAAGGCUCGACAUGAAGAAUUUAAAAAAUAUGAAAUGAUGAAGGAACAUGAAAGGAGAGAAUAUUUAAAAACACUAAAUGAAGAAAAGAGAAAAGAAGAAGAAUCUAAAUUUGAAGAAAUGAAGAAAAAGCAUGAAAAUCAUCCCAAAGUUAAUCAUCCAGGAAGCAAAGAUCAACUAAAAGAGGUGUGGGAAGAGGCUGAUGGAUUGGAUCCUAAUGACUUUGACCCCAAGACAUUUUUCAAAUUACAUGAUGUCAAUAGUGAUGGCUUUCUAGAUGAACAAGAAUUAGAAGCCCUAUUUACUAAAGAGUUGGAGAAAGUAUACGACCCCAAAAAUGAAGAGGAUGAUAUGGUAGAAAUGGAGGAAGAAAGGCUUAGAAUGAGGGAACAUGUAAUGAAUGAGGUUGAUACUAACAAAGACCGAUUGGUGACUUUAGAAGAGUUUUUGAAAGCUACAGAAAAAAAGGAAUUCUUGGAGCCGGAUAGCUGGGAGACAUUGGAUCAGCAACAGUUCUUCACAGAAGAAGAACUGAAAGAAUAUGAAAAUCUUAUCUCCGUGCAAGAAAUUGAACUUAAGAAAAAGGCAGAUGAGCUUCAGAAACAGAAAGAAGAGCUGCAACGUCAGCAUGAACAACUUGAGGCUCAGAAGCUGGAAUAUCAUCAGGUCGUACAGCAGAUGGAACAAAAAAAAUUACAAGGAAUUUCCCCAUCAGUGCCUGGUGGAGAAUCAAAGAUCCAGUCACACAUUUAAAGUCCGAAGUCCACCAGAACUUGGAAGAAAGCUCUUAAGUCAUCAUCUGUGUCAUCUUUUUACCUCCCUUCCUUUUUCUCUGCCCAAUAAAUAUUUUAAAGCAUA